AUGUUAAAAUUAAAUAGUUUACUACGUAACAUAAAUAAGCUGAAAUUCCCCGCCAUUGUAUGUCGUAAUUUUUCUGCAAAAACCGAAGAACAAUUGCCGAAAUUAAGUUCUCGCCAAAAGACAUGGUUAGAAACCCAGGAACGUUACAAGAACUAUCAAAAUAUCAUCUAUAGUUCAUAUUUGGAAACGCAGGAGGAACAUAUGAGCUAUGGCCUGAAGAGAUCCCUGAUAAAUAAAAUAAGACGGGAUAGAAAACGGCAACAAAAUGAAUCCAAACAAGGGGGCCUUAGUACUGGAUCACAAAUUCCAAACGACUGGAUGGAAGAAUAUGAGCAUUACAGUGGUGCGGCGGAUGAAAAUGAUACGACAAUAAAUGGUAAUGAGGUUGAAAACACCUUGGGAAAAGCGGAUAGUACAAUACCAGCAUCUAAUGUGCCUUGUAACGGCUGUGGGGCAUAUUUGCAUUGUAAUCAUCACACAAGACCGGGUUUCCUGCCGGUGGAGAUUUUCAAAGGUCGCACCACCAAAGAACUAAAGACCAUUAUAUGCCAACGUUGCCAUUUCCUAAAGAACUACAAUAUUGCCUUAGACAUAGAAGUGACUGCGGAAUCAUAUGUUGAUACCAUAUCCCGCAUUAAAAACGAAUUCGCUUUGGCCAUUGUUAUUGUGGAUCUUCUGGAUUUCCCCUGUUCAAUUUGGCCAGGUAUGCAUGAAGUUUUGGGCCCCAAACGACCAAUUUUUGUGGUGGGGAAUAAGGUAGAUCUGCUACCACGCGAUAGCAAUGGCUAUUUGGAUCAUGUAAAACAGUGUCUGAAAGAGGAAAUCAUAAAAACCGGAUUCGAUAGGUUGAAUAUCAAACAUGUCAGUCUGAUAUCAGCCAAAACGGGCUAUGGCGUAGAGGAACUUAUAACCCAGCUACAGAAAAUAUGGGCCUACAAGGGAGAUGUCUAUCUGGUUGGUUGUACAAAUGUUGGUAAAAGUUCUCUGUUUAAUAUUCUCCUUAAUUCGGACUAUAGUAGACCACAAGUUUCGGAUUUGAUACCAAAAGCCACGACAUGUCCAUGGCCGGGUACCACGUUGCAAAUGUUGAAAUUCCCCAUUUAUAGGCCGUCGGAAAUUAGGAUAUUCCAACGAUUUAAACGUUUGCAAUCAGAGAAAUUUGCAAAAGCUGAAAUGGCAAAGUUGCGUUUGGAAAAGGCCCGCAAAACGGGAAAUAUUGAAGAUGUUGUACCCAUGGGUACCAUUGGUAGGACAUAUAUCGAUAAUAGUGCUGUAGAAGUGGCAGAUCCAUUUGCCUUGGGUGGUGGCACCCAACCCAUAACCAGCUUAAACGAAAAAAGCAAAGAGUUCCAACAAGCCAGAUGGCUGUAUGAUACACCCGGCGUUAUGCAUCCCGAUCAGAUAACAAAUCUGCUUACACCUCAGGAACUAAUGGAAUUACAACCCAAACAAAUGAUAUCACCCAGAGCGUAUCGUUUGAAACCGGGAAUGAGUCUGUUUGUGGCUGGUUUGGCACGUUUAGAUUUUAUCGAAUGCAGUUCCAAAGAUUUGGAUUGGAUUCAGGCAUUCCUGUUUGCUUCAUUUAAUUUACCCACAUUGAUUGUAAAAACCGAGGGAGCCGAAGAGGUAUAUAAGCAAUAUUUGAAUAGUCCAUUAAUGCAUGUACCCAAUAUAAAUGAAAAUACGAAACGUCCAUGUGAUUGGCCCGGUUUACAAUGCCAUCCCGAUGAGAUCAAAGUCAAAGGUUAUAUUUUAAAGCCUAAAAUAAACGAAUUAAAUUGUUCGGCAGAUAUAACACUGUCAUCGGUUGGUUGGGUUGGCCUACGCAUUCCCGUCGACACUGAAUGUUGGUUUAAGGCCUGGACGCCCGGUGCGAAAGGAAUCUAUUGUAGAAAUUUAUCAUUAAUACCAUACGCAGAGCGUUUAAUUGGUAAAAAGAUACGCAAUUCAUUAGCAUAUAACACAUCGAAACCGUUUAUUUUUAAGAAAUAAA